GCUGAUAGUUCUUUUUUGUGACAAAUUUCCAAAUCAUGGUAAACUGACAUCCAAAGAAAAUUUACUUGUGUUGGGGCAGCGCAACUGCCCAGCUACAAUAAAGUUAGCAAUAAUAGAUGAGAUACGAUUGCUCUUUCAUAGUGUUCGAACGCGUUUUCAUUUUAAAUGCAGGAUAUCCGACCGAAAAACAUGGCACAACGUCGAGUGGUUUAUUUUAUCAUUCGCGGGAUGUUAUUUUGCCUCGCAAUCUUUGGCCUUUGGCGGAUGAUUUCCGUAAUUUCAGACAACUCAAAUGUGGACAUAAAGGAAGAUGAAUUAAAACAUGAUCAUGUGUUCGUUGAAGUGUAUUAUGAGUCUAUGUGCCCAGAUAGUAAACAUUUUAUCAAGCAUCAACUAGUCCCAGCUUUUGAAAAAAUACCUGAAGUUUUUGAUUUCAGAUUGGUUCCUUAUGGAAAAGCAGAGACUACAGAGAACUCAACAGGCAUUUUUUUCACCUGUCAACAUUUUGAACUAGAAUGUGUGGGAAACAAGAUACAUGCUUGUGGAAUCAAAUACAUAACAAAUAGAUCAAGGCAACUUAGGUUUGCUUCUUGCCUAAUCAAUAAUAUCAGGAACCCACAGUCUGCAGGGGAAAGUUGUGCAAAUGAUGUGAAUGCAAAUUGGGGUGAAAUUGAAAAUUGUUCAAAGAGUAAAGAAGGAAGUGAGCUAUUGAAAGCUUAUGGAGAAGAAACACACAAUUUGACCCCAUCCGUGACAUUUAUUCCUACAGUUGUUCUUGAUAAAAAUCAAGGACAUCAAAAGGACAUUUUGAAAAAUCUUCUAAAAGAAGUUUGUUCCAAGUACCCAGGAGAUAAACCUCUAUCGUGUCUAUGAGUAUGUGAGCAUGCAAUGCAAUCCAGGGAUUUCCCUUAAUAUAUCAAAAUCCUUUCUUAUUUAGAUGGCCAGAAACUAUCUAGAAUUUGGGGGUAAAAUCAUGGCCCGGUUAUCAAUAGUUCACCUAAUGCCAUUAUUCCCAAACAGCGAUCAAUUUUCUUUACAUGUUUGCAUGUGUUCAUUCUACAAUACGUUCCGUGAUACCCCUUUAGUAGCCUAGCAAGUGUUCUGUUCCCGUUUGGUUGUUAGAAAUUGUUAAGCGCGAUGCAGCACAAAUAAUCGGUUCACUUCCAAGACGGUUGAUUUAAUGAAAAAAAUAAAUUAAAUUUUCUCGGAA